AUGCUGCUCCUCGGACUCGCCUCCGCCGGCCCGGCCGCCUACGUCCUGUGCCAGCAGCCCACCAGCGACCCGUUGGAGGGCUGCCCCCGCGGCACCAUCCUGGUGCGGCCGUCCGAGUCGGUGCAGUCGGCCAUCGCGGCCCUGCCGCGCGACGCCUCCCCCCAGGUCAUCUUGAUCCUGCCCGGCCACUACACCGAGCAGCUCGAUGUCAAGCGGCCGGGCCCGACGGCGCUGCUCGGCCAGACGGCGCACCCCACGAACCGCAAGCGAAACCGCGUCCGCAUCGCCUGGGCCGCCGCCGUCGUCAAGGGCGGCCACGCCGACGCCGCCUCCACGGCCGUCCUGACCGUGGCGCCGGUCCUCGGGGCCCGGCGCGCCGCCCCGGCAGACGACUUCUAUGGCUGCAAGCGCUUCAGCGCCUACAACAUCGACUUCUCCAACGACUACGCGCACUCGGCGGUCGGCCCGUCGCUGGUCGUCAGCCUGACCUACGCCAACGCCGGGUUCUACUGGUGCGGCAUCUACGGGUACCAGGAUACGGUUUUCGUGGGCAUGCAAGCAAACGCCUACUUUUACCGAAGCGAGAUUGCGGGCCAGGUGGAUUUCCUCUACGGCUUCGGCACGGCGUGGCUGCAAAACGUCGACAUCACGCUGAGGGGCUGCGGCGGCGGCAUCACCGCCUGGAAGGGGCAGAGCACCAGCUCCGCCAACAAGUACGGGGUCUACGUGUCGGACUCGCGCGUCGGCGCCGCCAACGCCUCGGUGGGCGCCGCCAUCGCCGCCACCUGCUACCUGGGACGGCCGUGGAACGACCUGCACAGAAGCGUGUUUUUCAACACCUGGCUGGACGGAAGCAUCGCCCCCGCGGGAUACUCGACUUGGAACAACGCACCUUCGGGGGCUCCCGGCUCCAGGUACGGCAUCGGCACCUUCAUGGCCGAAUACGGCGGCAAGGGCCCGGGCUUCGACUUGCGCGGCCGCCAGGCCGGCCGGGUCACCAGGGUCUUGACGUCGGACGAGGUCGGCCCGUACCGCACGCCCGAGCACGUCUUUACGACUUGGAAGGGGGAGCAGCCCAACAUUGAGUGGAUAGACCCAGCUGCCUAUAUCUGGUGA